AUAUAUAGAUCUUUGGAGCGCAAUGAAGUAGCCUUUGGAGAGGAGGGAGAGGGCCCGUCGGACAGCCACAGCGGCCAGCGCAGCGGCAGCGGCGGCGGCACCACCAUCACCGCUCGCACCCCAGCCGCCCGGCCCGCGACCAGGCAGCGGCGGCCGCCGGCGGGAUCGGAGGAGGCGGCGGAGCGGCGAGGAGGAGGAGCAGGAGCGCGCAUCUCAGCACUUCCAGACCAACUCCGGCACCUUCUACACCCCUUCCCGGGCUGGGGGCUCCAAGAGCGGCAGCGAAGCGAGCCCAAUCCUCCUUCCGAGGCUUGUUCAGCUCUGCCCCGCGCCUCCCGGGCUCCGGUCCGCGCGGCGGGGUCCCUGCUCCUGCGCCCCGGGCGCGCCUCCCGGACACCCCGGUCCCCGCAACCAGGACAAAGCCAUGAAGCCAGCGCUGCUGGAAGUGAUGAGGAUGAACAGAAUCUGUCGGAUGGUGCUGGCCACUUGCUUGGGAUCCUUUAUCCUGGUCAUCUUCUAUUUCCAAAUCAUGCGGAGGAAUCCCUUUGGUGUGGACAUCUGCUGCCGGAAGGGGUCCCGAAGCCCCCUGCAGGAACUCUACAACCCAAUCCAGCUGGAGCUCUCAAACACUGCCGUCUUGCACCAGAUGCGGCGGGACCAGGUGACAGACACGUGCCGAGCCAACAGCGCCACAAGCCGUAAGCGGAGGGUGCUGACCCCCAACGACCUGAAGCACUUGGUGGUGGAUGAGGACCACGAGCUCAUCUACUGCUACGUGCCCAAGGUGGCCUGCACCAACUGGAAGCGGCUCAUGAUGGUCCUGACCGGGCGGGGGAAGUACAGCGACCCCAUGGAGAUCCCGGCCAAUGAGGCGCAUGUCUCCGCCAAUCUGAAGACCCUGAACCAGUACAGCAUCCCAGAAAUCAACCACCGCUUGAAAAGCUACAUGAAGUUCCUGUUUGUCCGGGAGCCCUUCGAGAGGCUGGUGUCCGCCUACCGCAACAAGUUCACCCAGAAGUACAACAUCUCCUUCCACAAGCGGUACGGCACCAAGAUCAUCAAACGCCAGCGGAAGAACGCCACCCAGGAGGCCCUGCGCAAAGGGGACGAUGUCAAAUUCGAAGAAUUUGUGGCCUAUCUCAUCGACCCACACACCCAGCGGGAGGAGCCUUUCAACGAACACUGGCAAACCGUCUACUCACUCUGCCACCCCUGCCACAUCCACUAUGACCUCGUGGGCAAGUACGAGACACUGGAAGAGGAUUCUAAUUACGUCCUGCAGCUGGCAGGAGUGGGCAGCUACCUGAAGUUCCCCACCUAUGCCAAGUCUACGAGAACUACUGAUGAAAUGACCACAGAAUUCUUCCAGAACAUCAGCUCAGAGCACCAAACGCAGCUGUACGAAGUCUACAAACUCGAUUUUUUAAUGUUCAAUUACUCAGUGCCAAGCUACCUGAAAUUGGAAUAAAGGGGGUGGGGAGAGGGAGAGAAUCAUGCUUUUUAAUUUAAGAUUUUUAUUUGUCAAAAGAAUUAUAUGGAUAUUGGGUUAUUUUGUAAAUUAAUAUUUCUUUGGGGAUGAUGCUGCGAGCAGCAUAGUGAGAAUUAUUUAAAAUCCUUCGUAGGGAAGGACAGCUGUCUUUGCAGGGGAAAUAGGAUGGGUCGUCCUUGUCUGUAGAAGUGAAUACUGCAACACUGUCUCAAAGGUUUCCUUGUGUUCUGGUGAAUUCCAUGAAUUGUGCAUUCCAUAAAUUCUAAUUAAUAUUAUUUAUAGUUAUUUAAACAUGGUCUCAUUAUUUCUUUUUGUGGCAGCAAAAUUCUGACGUCUUUCCAGAAGAAAUCUGUGUUUCCUGCUUUGCUUGCUACAGCUCAUUUGGGGGCAUGAAUGGUCUCCUUACUAACCUUUCAUGGAAUCAUAUGAUAACAGCCAUUGUCAUGUGUACGGAUGCUACCAUUCUUGAAUUUCUGCUAGAAAUAAGUAGGUUGCUAUUGCACUUAGAGGCAUCUUUGCAAGGGACUCAUUCCAAACCAAUUCUAAUCGACCUGAAAGUCCCUUGCGCAGUGUGGAAGAGUGCUCUGGUUGAUUAGCAAUGUCUGCCUUGGGCGAGGAAAGGGGGACACUCCUCAAGUGCCUCCUACUGUCAUCUCCAUCCAGCCUAGCACCACAUCCCCGUUUAGAAGUGUUGUCUUCUACUGCUUGCCACGUACAAGUGUGAAAUGCCAAGGUGAGACUCGUACACUUAGGGAUUUGCAAUGGUUUUUACCCCUCAUGAAGGUCAGAGGUGGACCAUUUGUACACAUAGGCACAUGCACACCCUCCCACAUCCUCCAGAGGCUGAAAGACCAGCAGCACCUUGGUAACUGCCAUGCAUGAGCAGCAAAGACAGCCUUCCAUGCUGUUAAUCCAAGCCCCAUUUCCUCUGGACGCCUGGAAACUUCAUUUCCUGUUCCUUGCUAAUUAACAUCUAAACACGUUUCUCAUUUCCAGCCAUUGCUGAUGCUUCUUGGUUGAAGUUUGAGCCACAUCCCUCUUACAGCUAGUGAAUGAGUUGGUAGCAGAUACUGUAUAUAAUAAUAAUAAUAGUUUUAAUAAUAGGGGAGGGUGGGUUGGGGUGUGGGUAAGUUUUGCCUUUUGUUUUGUUUUUGAUGCAGUAUAUAGUGAAGGGGUGAGGAUAUUCUAAACAAACAAAAAUUGAAUAAUUUAUUCACAGAAACUAUUAAGAUUGUAUUGUAAAGCUCACAGCAAGCUCAGUGGGCAGCAGCUGCAACAUCUCACCAGGGAAAUUAUUUUCUUUAACAUGAGUGAGAUGUGGGCCGGAGAAGUUAGCUGAAGCUAUUUAUAAAACAUUGUGUACCUUCCUCCGAGCUCUCUCCCCUUUGUGAAGGGCACAGCAACUAUACCCUUGAUGGAUGGAGAUUUAUGCAAUGUGUUUUACCAGGUAGAGUGACAGACCUUGGCUGUCCCUGGAAUUGAGAAUCUGGACCUUAUUUCCAGGCAGGGAACACUGUCCUCAGAAAUAGGAUUUCUGAUAAUGAAACAGGUUGUCCAACAUUUUCUAAUACAUACUCUACAGAACACAGGUUCCAGGAGGCAUCAGGCUGGUGUGAUGCAAACUAAGGGUUUUGUGGUCAAAUAUCCUUAAGAAACAAAGUUAAGUCAGUUUCCUUUCUGCAGGACUUUACAGAGCCUUGAAUGUGUGCUGUGCAUGGUGAAUCCCCAAAACUAAUCCUUGAGUCUGUAGCAUUUCCUGAACUUACAUGACCAGGAUACUUUAUUUUGCAGAUCACCCCACAGAGCUAGGGUUCCACCAAGUAUACUUUGCUUAAGUUGAGUUAGCAUAUCUGAGGUCUUUGAGGAUAAAAACUGCCACUCCAACACCCUUCCAUUAAAAAAAAAAAUACAAAAUAGCACCACAGUCUCCAUCUGGUUUAUAGCAAGAGGUACUUUAUUAAAUGAAUUAAGCUUUUACUUAAGUGCAAUGGUUCUAAUCCUGGAUACUGCCAUGGACUACGAUUCCAUCCCUCCCAGAGGGAGUGGAGGAAAUCUUGGGUGGUGUGGACAGAAGGAAGAGAGGAGAGGGCGAGUAGGGUAUAGGGCCCAGGGUGGCUCCCUACUCCUCAAGCUCAAAAGGGUGCUCAGUGGGAACAGAUGAUCUCUUGAUGAGUGCUUCUUCAGUUUCAUAGUUUGGAAUCGUUCCCUGUGCUUUUUGGGGGAUUUUCAAUGGAAAUUCAUGUUGCUUUGCAUUUCUAUGUCCGUCUUUGAUCAGUUGUGCAAGCCAGCUCACUGUCAUGUGAAGAUGGCCUUCUUUCAUCCGGCUUCUCUCUCUUAAGUGAGAGAGAUUGUCCUUCAGGGGACAUGCAUCAAUAGGUUUCUGGAAUGAGGGACUCUUUCUUCCCGUGUUUUGCUUUGUGUUCACAUUUUCUUUUCUAAUGGCAUUGAAACUUAAAAAAAAAAAAAUGGAUUCAACUGUUUUUUGCAGAAUGUAGAAAUUCUGUGUCCUUGGUUAAAGAAAUCCACUGGUGAAGUGUGCCUGGAAAAUGAAAGUUUGUGUUUUUUAAAGAGGAAUAUUUGAAACUACUUUCUAUGCAGGCUUAGCUGGAGAAAAGUACAGGCAGGCGUCCAAUCUCCCAGCCACUUCUCAAAGGUGCUGCUGUGUUUUAAAGACCAGGUACAGCCAGGGCAGAAUUUGCAAGGACAUUCCUGCUUACUUUAUCCCUUUGGUUCGAAAGCUCUAGAUGAUUCCCGCAGCUCCUCCAGACCCCGCCUCCCUGCCCUCCCCAGCUGGUCUGGGAAGAAGGUGGUCUGCUGACCUGUAGUGUCUCAGAGGGGACGUUCCUCCUCCUCUCUGUGCACCAGGUGAGCUGCACCCUCCUGCCUAUUCAGGAUGUGGAUGCCACAGGAGAGCAGCGGGCAGUGGAAACUUCAGUUGCACCGGUUCACCUGGUGGCAAAAGCAUGAAGCACAGGGGUCUAAUCCUGGCUACUAGAAAGCUCCGGAGCAAAGUGUGCAGGUCCCACGAAUGCUUGGCUGGUGGGGUCUAGAUCAGCGCCGAGAUAGAGUUGGCAGAAGAAGCAGAGAGACUCUGCUUGCUUUCCUAGCCAGUCCUCCCCUACAUACACACACACACACACACACACACACAAUCUCAGCUGCCCCAUUCUGUGCAAUCCCAGUGACCAAAUCCCUUCUUUGCCCACUUCUAUGUCAGCAGGACUGACCACAUCACUCCCCCAAGUUCCCACCACCAGCAUUUCCUCCAACCUUUUUCCAUCACAACCAGUUAGAACCCUACAGGCAACAAGCAAGGCCUUCUAGAAUCCGCUUGACCCUUGGCUGAUAACAGGCAAAUUUCAGUCUGCUAUACUUUGUUAGGUCCAGAAGGAGCUGCCCAUACUACUUUCUUAUGAGCAUGCUCAGUAUGGCAUAUGGACAUGUAAUUUCACAUCUUUGUGGAGUGUGAUUUUCUUUUUUUACAUAUUUGUAUGCAGUAGAGGGCCUGUUGUAGAAAACGCUCCCUGUAUCUUGCUGUACUGUUAAAGAAAGCUGAAUUCCACAUUGCCAACAAAAGCGUGAAAAUGUUCAUGAACCUUCCUCCAGGAAAAGCCAUUCAAGCCUGAUUAUUUUUCUAAGUAACUUCAAUUAAAUUGAAGAAAAAA